AUGGGGGUCACAAAGCCUCCGCAGGCGAGUUGGUUGCGUUCAUUGGCCUUGCUGUCACUGCUGCUUAAAGCACAGGGGCGGCAAUGCCUCCCGAAUGCCAUCCCAGAAGAGCAGAGGCUGAACAUUACCAUGGAAGGCGUGUCGAUGCCUGUGGGAUUAUCCGUAGGCGCCUGGGAGUCGGCAAUCGCCACCAGCGAUAUCUUCGAGAUCUUGACCAGAGAGGUGCUUGGCUACCACACGGUUCGAGUGUCUGCAUCCGGUGGCUGGGCGAGUAUACACCACCUGGCCGGCUGCACUGAGAACCAGGAGGUGGAGGAUGCGACCCUUUGCCCAUGGCCACCAAGAGCCCACAUUGCCUUGGAGAUAUGGCCCAACCGCUGGUAUGAAAGCGCCAUACAGGACCUUCUGCAAAAGCUGGGACCUAGGGCCGCGAAGAGCCUGGGCGAGAUCGGCUACCUGGGCUAUGAUGGGCUCUUCGUCCUGGGCAAGGCAAAGAGGAGCAGCUUGGAGGCCACGGGCUUGCACCUGUCCUACUACGGCAACUAUAAUGCCUCUUGGUUCGACCCAGCGUCCCAUGGCGCGACCUUGGCUGAUGUGGAUCUUCAGAAGCUGAAGCGUUGCGACGAGAGCUUGUGGGUAGAGUACGCAAACUCCGGCACGCAAUACUUUCAUGCCACGGGAGAUGCAGAGGGCGUGGAGGAGGUGAAUGGUCGUCCGCAGCUCAAGUGCUACCAGGACAAAUGGUGGCUUGCACCUUCUUGCCGCUCCAAUCCAGCACGAUGUAUGGCGGUCAUCACGGGAGGCAAUGGAUGGGGGCUCAACUAUAUAUCGCAGCAGGCCUUCUUUCACAGCAUGCCGUUGGCACUGGCCACGGCUGCAUCCUACAACGACUACUUGCAGAUUAACCAGCAGCAGCAAUCAGCACUGUAUUGGUGGUUACCAGAUCCAUCUUUCGCCAUCUAUGAACCAUCCACUGUUGAGCUUCCUCCACAAAACCCCUCAGAGUACAGGCAAGCCAUCUACAGGACCGUGGGGCCCUGCAUCUAUAAACCUUGGCCGUGA